AUGGAGGGCACACCAACUACGCCUCUCACUGUGCUCAAACGCCGCAUGCCAUGCAUCACAUCCAUACAUAAAGCCAACUCGACAUCCAGCUCGCUUUCGAACAUGUCAUAUCCACAGAUCCCUUCUCGCCGUUCGUCUCUCUCUUCCAGCGUGGACCCCGAUUCAAGCGAGCUUGCGACAUCAACUAGGACCCCGUCUCUCAGUGAUAGUCUCUAUAAUAUCGCUGUGGUGAAAACUCGACAGGAACACACUGCAACUUCCCGGGGUAUCCGCAAGACUGGUCUUGGUACGAAUGAAGACCCAUUUCUCGACCAGACCUCGCGCUGCCGUGUUGAUCGUCGAAGAGGACUCAUGACCCAGAGUGGAUAUCAAUUGGCACCACAACUGCUUAUUCGCUGGAGUUCUGGGUCUUACGGCUCUGUAGAGCCAUGCCUCUCAUCGAAUUCAGCCUCAGAUGACGGCGCGAUAGAACCGCCAGCAGAUUCCAUCUCAAAACACAAAUCCAGGGUCGAUAGUGCCCGAUCUUUAUCAAACAUGCUGCGCCCAGGGUCAUCCGGAUUGCUUUGUCCGUUGGAGCUACCUAUCGCGUUUGCUAGCAUGAGAUCAUACACAGGCUGGCCAUGCAUGAGUAGAGAUUCGAUGUCUGUAUGGGCGUCAGUGAAUGUAUCUGCUGAUGUUGAGCCCAUCUCCCUGCCUGAGACCUCGAGCCUUGCACCCCUCGACAUUAUUAUACUUUUUGAUAGCUUGCAGCAGUCUUCUGUCAGCCUUGUGACGCCAAUGAUCCUGGCAUCUUCUGUGCUUACCUCAAAUUUGGCUACCAGCAGUGACAGAAUAGCGAUAGCGUGUGUUGACGGAAGUUCUAGAAACGAGUUCGAGCUAUUGCUUCCAUUGAGGUUCCACUCAUUCGAGACGUUGCGAACUGCUUUAAAUGCUUUCUCUCUCCGCCACAUGAAGAAGAAAACGAGGAAAUUUCCCGACGCAUGUAACUCUAUUCGACAGGCAUCUCGACUCUUUUACCCUUCUCCCAGAGCAGCAUUUUGUCAUCUGGUAUUCAUAUCCCCAUGUCCCCCAGAAAAUAUGUUCAUAUCUGGUGUUGACACCGCUAUUGGCAUCCAUACAAUCUCUCCUCAGCCUCGCUUUCCCCUCAAGUCAGCAAACCAUCCACUUGGCUGGCACAUUUUCUAUGACGCCGAUGCCGAUGAUCCACGAUCCUGUGAAGUUCAUUUCAUGCGAAGGGUCUCCAAAGUCGUUCGGCAGCUUCGUACUGGUCUCAGCCCCGGGGCCUUAUCGAACUUGAAACUGCUCGUCGAAGAGGGGCACGGAUGCCGGUUAGAGUCGGCAAUGGAAGACUGCCAUAUGACGCGGCUUCGACCAGGGGAGACCUGGAUCUUCAAAGUGAAAAUUGGUGUGCCGAUUGGGCUUUACCAGGAAACUCAAUUAACUGAACAUCCUGUGCUCGAAGACCUCAUCAGGCAGAUUAACAGUGUUCUGAAAGCAUAUUCUUCUGAGCCGGUUGCGCAGCAUGUUCUAAGCGCCCGCCUCGAGCAUCAGCAUUCUUUGCUACCGAAAUCGCAUACUGUUUGCUUGGAGACUCAUUGCACCAUCUCGCGCACUCCAGGUGUGCCGCCUCCUCCUUCUGGGGACUAUCGCAAGGUUUCAGCGCUAAUGUCUUAUGAAUUGGAUGAUGAUGCUAUCAGUAUCAGCUUGGGAUCUGCAAGCGAACUCAGUUGA